UCACGAAGAGCAAGUUAGUUCCCUCGAACAAAGGUGUUGAGAGUGUUUGUGUUUCUGGGUAGGACUAGGGGAAAGUGAGGAUUAAGUGUACAGAGUUAACAUUAAGUUUAACGCAACUGAAUUUUCCGUAAUUAAAACUAUGGCAGAUGGUGAAGAAGCAGGUAAACUUUUUAUUGGUGGUUUGAGCUGGGAGACAACUCAAGAAAAUCUUGAGACUUAUUUUAGUAGGUUUGGUGAAGUAGUUGACUGUGUUGUUAUGAAAAAUAAUGAAACUGGCCGAUCUAGAGGUUUUGGAUUUGUGACUUUUAAAGACCCAAAUUGUGUUUCCAUUGUCUUAGCUAGUGGACCACACGAGUUAGAUGGGCGUACGAUUGAUCCAAAAGCUUGUAAUCCUCGUGGAAUGAACAAAGGAAAUCUAAAGAAAGGAGGAAACUUCCCUAAAGUUUUUCUAGGGGGAUUACCCUCAAAUUGUACAGAGACUACACUGAGGGAGUUCUUCAGUAAAUAUGGAAAAGUGAUGGAAGUUGUUAUUAUGUAUGAUCAAGAGAGGAAGAAGUCCAGGGGAUUUGGAUUUUUGUCAUUCGAGAAAGAAGAGUACGUCCACAGAGUUUGUGCCGACCAUUAUGUCACCAUCAACGGCAAGCAGAUUGAGUGUAAAAUGGCAGAACCUCGUGAGAUGUCCAAAAGUGCCAAGGCCUCUCAACAAGGGAACCAGGACAUAUCGCCAUGGGGUGGUCCAGGAAUGGGGAUGGGAUCUGGUCAUGGUGGAUGGGGACCUGGUCCCAUGGGAGGAGCUGGAGGUACUGCUGGUGGACCAGGAAUGGGACCUGGUGGACCAUCUGGAACAAUGGGACCGAACAUGGGAGGAAUGGGUAACAUGGGUCCUAUGGCAAAUGGUAUGAUGCCAGGUGGAUGGGGAGGCCCACAACAGACUGGCCCUUAUGGGGCACAAGGUGGAUGGGGUCCAGCACCAGGAGGAUAUGCAGGGUAUCAAGGUUGGGGAGCAUCUCCAACUGGAUUUGGACCAUAUGGUGGACCAGGAACACAAUAUGGACAACAGGGUUAUGGAGGAUUUGGUGCUGGAGCUCCAGGUUUUGGAGGAUAUGGGGGUUUUGGAGCUACAAUGGGGGCAGCUCCAGGACCGGGAGGACCUGUUGCAGGUCAAACUCCUUCCCAGAUGUAUGGACAAGCAGGACCAAAUGCAGCUGCAGCUACUCCAGGGUCAGUGGUUCCACCAGGAACACAAACUAGUGCAGGAGGAACUGGUUCACAGGUGCCUCCAGCAGCAGGUGUUAAACAAGAGUAUAACUCUCCAUAUGGAGCAAUGGGUAAUUAUGCUCAAGAAGCAUCCAGUUUUGGACCUGCAAGAGGUUAUGUUGGAGCAGGAGGUAUGGAUGGGAUGCAGGGAUAUGGUAUGGGUUCUCAGGGAUUUGGAACUGGGAUGGCUGGCAAUUUCACAGGACAAGGUGACAGUUCGUCUGCCGUUAGUGGAGGUGCAGGAGCUCAAGGAACUCGAACUGCAGGAGCUGCCCAAGGAUAUCAUCCAUACAGACGCUAAGCUAAUCAUCAUUCUGCACUUUUUCCUUGCCCAUGUUUUUAUUCUUUAAGAAUAUUGUAUUCUUAUUUUAACUGCCUGAUGAAACCCAGAAAGCAUCUAUAUAUCAUCUCAUCAUAUUUACCAUUCCAGCUCUUAUUUGUGCCGUUACUUGUGUGUCUGUUAAGUGUACAGAUUGUGAUUCAAUGAUUUGUUGAGUUAGCAUAAGGGAAUAAAAUAGUACAAGAAAA